AUGUAUGAUUUAAGUAAUAUAUUCAUUUCAAAUGGAAAAUUUUCAUAUCAAUGGGUCCUUGAUACUUUGAAAUCUAAGGAUGCUAAUUUUAAAAAAUUUUUGCAACUUGAUGAUAAAUGUAAUCAAAAAGAGAAAAAAAUUGUGAAUGUAUAUUCUUUUGAUCUGAGUGAUGGAAAAGGAUGUUUUUCAGAAGUUUUUAAAAUUAUAUUUACAGCUGAAGAUGAAAGUACUUUUAGCACCAUUUUAAAAGUACCUGGUUCAUUACAUUUGGAAGAUGCUAUUAAUAAGUCCAUGUGUGUUGAUGAUAAUGGUAAAAAAUUUAAGACUUGUGAUGAUAUGUAUAAUUCAAUUGUGAGAAUGCAUAACAGAGAGUGUGAUUUUUAUAAUAAAGUUAAAUUUACUGAUUGUCCACUUCCUAAAGUUUUUGAAGCUAUAUAUUGGAUACCAAACAAAAAGAUUCAUGGAUGUAUAUUAAUGCAAGAUAUGGGAGAUAAAGGUAAAAUGCAAGAUGUAUCAGAAUCAUUAACUUUGGGGCAGAUAAAUAAUGUCAUCAAAAUUGUUGCAAAACUUCAUUCAUUUUCGAUAAAAAAUAUGGAAAGAAUUAAGCAUUACAAUAUGGAAUUUCCACUUAUUGGUGAUGAUUUAAAUAUAAUCACAAAAAGACAUAUUGAAAUUCUUACAAAAAAAUAUGGAAGUAUGUUAGAAAAUUUAUUUAAUCAAUUUCUUCCAUUUGUAACAAAUGAAAAAUUUUUUAAAUAUGUAAAUAUGAUAUCUCAUAUUGACUACAAACUUCCUUUAUUAUUAAGUCAUGGUGAUAUAUGGACAAAUAAUAUCUAUUUUAAAACUGAUGAAGACGGAUAUAUUACAAAUGAUGUUGAAGCAUUGUUUGAUUGGCAAUUUUUACAUUUGGGUAAUCCAACUUUAGAUAUUGCUAGAUUUUUAAUGAUAUCAGUAAAUGGUGAUAUUAGAAAUAAAUAUCAUGAUACUAUUUUUGAUUAUUAUUAUAAUGUUUUAAAAAAAGAAUUAGGAGAUAUUCCAAUACCAUUUUCAUUAGAAAAUUUUAAAGAAUGUUAUAAAUUUAGUCAACUUUUUCAAACAUAUCAAUUGAUUUUAAUGAUAUCAAUUUUUACAAAUUAUACUUCUGAUAAGAGUGACAAAAAUAUAAAAAGUCGAAGAUAUAAAGAAGAUAUUUUAAUCAUGAGACUUAAACAUGCUUUAGAAGAUGGUAUUAAUAUUAUUAAAAAUGACUUAAAAGAUUUUAAAUAUAAUUUUUAA